CGAGCUCUCCUAGAGCAGAAGCAGAAGAAGAAGAGGCAGGAGCCUCUGAUGGUGCAGUCCAAUGUGGACGGGCGGUCUCGCGCCCGCAGGACCAAGCAGUGUGAGGAGCAGGCUCCCCUGGUAGAGUCUUACCUCAGCAGCAACAGGAGCACCAUCUACCACGGUAAGAGAGCCAGCCAGGACCCUUUCACCACCAGGACCCUAUUACCAGGGCUGUGUCUCAAAUGGCACCCUAUUCCCUAUAUAGUGCACUACUUUUGGCUAGGCUCUGUAUACUACUACUAUAUAGGCUCUGUCCAAAAAUAGUGCUCUAUAUAGGGAAUAGGGUGCCAUUUUGGAAAUAGCCCAGGACCCUAUCAACAGCUGUUUACCAUAAGAACCUGCUUCCUCUCAUCUCUGAUGAAGCUGCUCCAGUGGCGCCGGGCAAUUACAGAGAUGUCCAGUAACACUCCGGCAUGGGGCCCUUUCAUAGGCAAUGCGACUAUUCACAGCCAUGACAGGGUGGUGUUGAGCCAGGUUACUCUCAUAGAGUGCUUGUGAAGGAUGGCUGAUUGAAAUACUGUAUACUGCUCACUGUUUGAUCAAGUUCAUCUAUUGAUUCUUUGCUCCUGGACCAAAGGACAACUUUUCUACUGUAGUGAUUUUUUUAGUGUUACUUUGUGCUCUGCAUAUGUUAAUAUUGAGAUAUCUAUCAAUGCCAUGUCAAGGUCGGCAAAAUACAAAUGUAAUACUUUAUUAAUGAAAUGUCUUUUGUGUGAGAGAGAGAGACUCUAGGAUUUACCAGUUCAUGCCUUUCAACUAUAAAACUCUAGUGGUCAGAGCUCUGCAGUAGUCCUUCCAGAUAGCACAGAGAGCAGAGAUGGUGUUCGUGCUGUGGCGAUUGGGCUACUUAUCUCCACAGAGGGACUUUAGCUGCAGUCUUAAUCCCCAGCUCAGAGUGACUGAGUCUGGGCUCCAGGCCAUGCAUCCACACAGCACACCCUGGAUGGCUGGCUGCUGGAGAGGAACGCAAUGCCCAACACAACAUAAAUCAGGCAAUGGGUACAAAAAAAGAACUGAAAAAACAAAUAUACCACUAACCAUUAUUAGGGCAACAAUUAAGAAGUUUAAAACCAUUGGAACCGUGGUAAACUUGCCUGGUAGAGGAAAUGUGUAGCUUGUCCCCACGCACAGUGAGGAAGAUGGUUCAGAAGGCAAAGAAAAGUCGAAGGGUCACAGUUGGAGAAUUACAGAACUUGGUCGCAUAUUGGGGUCUCCAAAUCUACAAUUAGAUGCCACCUCCAUGCCGAUGGGCCAUUUGGAAGGGUUGCCAUAAAAAAGCCUUUAUUGAGAGCAACCAACAAAUGCAAAUGCCUGGAGUUUGCUUAACGGCAUUGCCACUUGGAUUGGAACCAGGUGCUAUGGUCAGAUGAGAUGAAGAUAGAGCUCUUUGGCCACACACACUAGAGGUGGGUUUGGCCUCGAAAGAAGGAUACAUAUGCAGAAAAUAACCUCAUACUUAUUGUAAAAUAUGGUGGGGGAUAUUUGAUGUUAUGGGGCUGUGACUUGAACCCCAUUAAAAACCUGUGGUUUGAAUUGAAGAUGGUAGUCCAUAAGCACAGACCGAAGGAUAUCAAGGAUCUGAAAACAUUCUGUAUGGAGGAAUGGUCUAAGAUCCCUCCCAAUGUGUUCUCCAAUCUCAUAAAACAUGAAAGAAAAAAAGCUCAGUAUCAUUAUCCUCGCAAGGUAUUGAAAACAGGUGGUGGCAAUAAUUUUGACACCUAUCUUUUUUAGAUUUUUAAAAUAAUAUAAUUUAAAAAAAUAAUACUUUUGCAUUCAAUAUAGCUCAGUAAUUGUAAUAUUUAUUUUAUACAGUCUUUUUUGCUCAUCUUUAUCAAGGGUGCCAAUAAUGUUGGCGGUGACUGUAUCUGAAAGCUUCAGAAACAGCUCAGUGCAUGUGAGUGGAGUGACGUCAAUACAAAGUAUAUUUUUCAUCUUCCUUCAGUGAGUGUACAUCCUAAUGAAAAUAUUCCCUUCUGACACUAGUCAAACAGCCCCUGCUAUACAUAGAAGACACGGAGGCUUUGUGGCUUUGAACUUCUCCGAAUAUUCCCCGUUGCAAUCUCAGCCCCAUCCUUCCAAAGAUGUAAAAAAUGAUGCCUUUGAGCUCAUUCAGUAACACAGCAGCAAACAUAUGGAGAGAGUCCCUUGAUUCAUACCUUAUGCUUAACAACACACAGAUGGCUCUACACUGUUAGUGAAGGAAGCAUACGCACUGUUUGGUCUUGAUAAAAAUAGAAUCUCUCGCUCACUCUCCUGUCCUUAUUUUUCACCGUCUUUAGAUGAACCCCUGUCUUUUCUCUCUUUAGAACUCACGUUAUCUUGGCUCUAUUUUAAGAAUCAAUUCAGCACUCACUAAGAGGGAAUACGUGUUCUCUGUACCUUACGUAUUUCCGGCUGAUUAACCUUAAACCUGUAUACAUUUCCACAUCUACAGUAUAUCCUUCAGAUAAUAUCUAAUUGAUAUGUAUUCUCAGUUUAAAUGUAUUAUCCGUGAAAGGUUAAGUUCAGUGUUAAGUGGAAAUGCUGUUUCAUACAGUCCUAUUCCAGCUUUUAUUUAUGUAGCCUAUCUGGUUUCAUUGAAAAAUCAAAUGGCACUUAUCCUGUGGUACUUUCUGGAAUUUUCAAAGAAGUACUGUAGUAUGUAAUUUCAAAGUAUACCAGGUAAAUAGCAUGUCUCUUCUGCUAUAAAUACAAUUAGUAUCCAGUAGAUAAAUCAUAAAGCAGAAAAACCUAGAAAAUAUUUGUAUAUUAUUGACUGCCCCAAAUAUAGAGUGACAUUGUUAACAGAAUAAGGUGGACUAAAACAGAUGAAUUUAACCUAGUUCAGAAACUGACUUCAGGCUCCUGGUUAUCUAAAACGGAGUGUGUAGACCUAACGGUUGUUAAUGUUUCCAUAUAUGCUAACAGUACCUUUUAGGUCAUGAAUACAGGUCUCUCCAUCCCUCUCUGCUCUGAGCUUUUGAUGCAUUUACUCUAUUAUUCCCCUUGAAGCUGUUUGGAAUAAUUGCAAGAAAAAUGGGUUCCCACGAUGAGACUGUGAAUGUCUCCGUGGGGAUGGAUCUGGGCUCCGGAUUUUUACGAGAAAAGAGACCACUGGAUAUUCACUGACACUCUGCAAAACAGAGGAGGCUGUAGGGGAACUACUAAGGCAACCAAGCAGUUGAAAGGAUUAAGAUAAACAUGUUAAUUUCAAGGGACUGUAGCUACAGUAUGCAUUUGUUAUCAUCUAAUCCUGGAACAUGUUGUUGUUGGGAGGAGUGUCCACUGUGCAUUUGCAAUUUUCACAGAGCUAGCACAUUCAUGACCUAUUUGACAUGAGGCGAUAAACAGUGUUCUCUCCCAGGCAAGAAAAAUGCCUCUGCUGUGUGUCUGCUUUCUAUAACCUUGCAUAGUGUCCUCUGCUAACUCUGUCUUGUCCUGUUCUUUCUAUUUCACUAUAGGCUAACCUUAACUGACAAUACCCUUCUGUUUAGUCUCUUACCUCAUUUCUAUCUUUAUCAUUUUCCCCCCACUUGCCUGCUAACUCCCUCUGUCCGCUGGCUCCUGCUGUGCCGUGCGUAGUGCAAGAAGCUGAACAUGAGGAGGUGAAGGGGGUAGUGGACGCCCAGGCUCCUCGCUCAGCCAAAAAGGGCAAGGCAUCGACCAGCUCCACCCCGCAGACAGGCAGCGGCAAGAAGGAGAGGAAGGGGAAGCACAAAGGUCAGGCUUGCUGCUGCUGCCUCCAGACAGACAGACAGACAGACAGACAGGUUACAGCAGCAUGCAUGGUCCUCUCUCUCUGUCUGUUGGCCGACUGUACAGCAUGUCUCCAUCUGGCUCAGCUCUGUCUCCUACCAUGAUGGAAAUGAAACGAUCCAAUUCAAAUCCUCAGGUUUUCAAUGAGGAGGAAGUUUCAUCUCUUGUGCCAGAAUGAAGUGCACCAUGUGAGAGUGUUGUGCAGAGCAAUAUAUACCACUUUGGUAUCCUGUAGAGUAAAACAGAUUGCAUGUGAAAUGAGUUGCAUAGCCACCAGACUACAUAUUUGUCUCCUAAUCGAUCUCCUUUGAUAGCUGUAUUGUAUUGCUGUAUUGUCUUAAUGAGUUGAGGUCUAAAAAGUCAAUGUUAAGAUGCCUCUUCCCCAUGCUCCAUCAGUUACCUGGCUGUAUGCUUCUCACUCAUUCUCAUUCCCAUCCUUUCAAACCUCAAGCUGGAUUGGACUCGGUUCUGUUCAUGUUUCCGUGCCACGUCUCUGGUGGCACAUAGUGGCAUUCUAAAGCUAAUCAAGCUGCCCUUACAGAGAAGCGAAGCGUGCACUCUGGUGCUAAGUCUGUUCAAAAUCUAAUCUGAGUAAUGAUGUUAGAGGAGUCGGUCCUGUCUGCCUGCCAAGUAAACACCUCAGUGGCUGCUGUAACGCUCCUUGGGCUUGAUACAGAGUUCAUACGUAAGCAGCAUGAAUUGAAAUGGAAGUGCGUAAUUGUGCUCCCUUUCUCACUUUGAUGUCUCUCUCAGCCUCUGUUUCAAUAAUCAAAGUCCUGGUAUAUAGCUAGUGGCUGUCUGAAAUGCUUGCUUACGAAUCCUUCCCAAAGAUGCGGAUUUUUAAAAAAAUAGUCACACGAGGAAUAAAAUACACAAGAAUGGAGCUAUAUACAGGGAGUACCAGAUCCAUGUGCAGGGUUACAAGGUAUUUGAGGUAGAUAUGUACCUGAAGGCAGGAUACUGCUGCUACUGUUUAUUAUCUAUCCUGUUGCCUAGUCCCUUUAUCCCUACCUAUAUGUACAUCUACCUCAAUUACCUCGUACCCUUCCAAAUCGACUCGGUACUGGUACCCCAUGUAUAUAGUCAAGUUAUCGUUGCUCAUUGUGUAUUUAUUCCUCAAGUCAUUAUUUUUCCAUUAUUUCUCGUUUUUUUCUCUCUGCAUUGUUGGGAAGGGCCCGUAAGUCAGAGUGUUAACCUGUUUUUCAAAGUUUUACUCACAUCGGCUACGGAGAGCGAGCUCACACAGUCAUCUGGAACAACAGGGAUUUUCACGCAAGUGUUGUAUUCCUCGAAGUGUGCAUAAAAGGCAUUUCGCUGGUUUGGGAGUUCUGCGUCACUGGGCAUCUCACUGGGUUUCCUUUUGUAAGCCCUGCCACAUACAACAAGCAUCGGAGCCGGUGUAAUAGGAUUCCACCUUCUUCCUAUAUUGUCCUUUUGCAUGUUUGAUGUCUCGUUGGAGGUCGUAGCGGGCUUUCUUGUAUGCGUCCAUGUCCGUGUCCAGUUCCUUGGAAGUGGUAACUCUAGCCUUUAGCCUAGUAUGGAUAUUGCCUGUAAUCCAUGGUUUUUGGUUUUGAUAUGUUCGUAUAGUCACUGUGGGGACGACGUCGUCUAUGCACUUAUUGAUGAAGCCUGUGACCGAUGUGGUAAACUCCUCAUUGCUAUCGGAUGAAUCCCGGAACAUAUCCCAGCCUGCACUAGCAAAACAGUCUCGUAGCCUCGCGUCUGCUUCAUCGAACCACUUUCGUAUUGAGCAUGUCGCUGGUACUUCCUGUUUGAGCUUUUGUUUGGAAAAAGCAAGCAGGAGAAUAGAGUUGUGGUCAGAUUGUAUGCGUUUCUGUGGGUAGAAUAAAAGUGGUCUAGAGUUGUAGCUCCCCUAGUGGCGCAAGAGAUGUGUUGGUAAAAGUGAGAUAGAACUAGGGUUGCAAAACUUUCAAUAAAUUCCCUGGUUUUCUUUAAAUCUCGGUUGGAGGAUCCCUGGAACCAGGAGGGAAUAAGCAGGAAAUCUGGAAUCCUCCAACCAAGGUUUCUGGAAAACUCCCUGGGUGGAACGGUUUUGUCUCCCUGUGUUAAAGUCUCCGCCCACCAGAAACGCUGCCUCUGGGUGAGCGGUUUCUUGUUUGUUUAUGGCACCUUACCGUUCGUUGAGUGGUGUUGGUUUGUGAAGGGAUGUAGACAACCGUGAUAAUUACAGAUGAUAAUUAUCUUGGUAGAUAAAAGGGUCUGCAGCUUACCAUGAGGUAUUCUAUAUCAGGUGAGCAAAAGCUCAAGAUUUCCUGCACACUGGAAGCAGCACAUCAGUUGAUGUUUAUGAAGAGGCACACCCCUCUCCCCUUGGACUUGACCGAGGCCGCCUUCGUCCGAUCGUGCCGCUGCAUGGAGAAACCACUGAGUUCUACAUACAUAGUCAUCCAGCCACAUCUCUGCAAGGCAUAUAAUAUUGCAGCUUUUCAAGUCUCUCUGAUAGGAGACUCUCGAACAAAGCUCAUCCAUGUUAUUCUCGAGUGACUGGACAUUUGUCAAUAGAACGGAGGGGACUGCCGGUCGAUAUUCUAUUCAUCUCAGUCUCACAAAGAUGCCGGCUCGUCUGCCACGUCUACGCCUGCAGCGUUUUAGUAGCCCAUGAAACAAAGGAAUGGGGUCCUGUAUAAACAAGGGAACAGCUGAGUCAGAGUUGAAGUCGGAUAUGAAGGUCGAAAUCGAGCUUAGUAACUGUUGAUCUGAUGUCCAGAAGUACAUGGUGGUCAUAUAUGAAAAUAGUAUGAACUUUCUCUACAACAAAAAGUAAAGAUAAAUAUGAAAAAGUCACUAAAUAGCAGUCGGGUUGGAACUCGUAAGAUGUCGCCCUUCUCCGUCUGCGACAUCUUUGUUGUCUGCAUAUCUUUUAUUGUCACACACCAGAUAGGUGCAGUGAAAUGUGUUAAUUUCCAGGGAUGGAUAUGUUUUAUUUCACUCUGAUCGAGUGAUACCUAUCCCUGAUAUACAGAGUGAGCCCUCCAAGCUGGUUUAUGGGAAGCCCACUACCUUGUAAGGAUGAUAUAGGUAACAGGGCUUUUUGUCAUCUCAGGUUGCUUUUGUAAUCCUUGCUCAUCUGUUCAAUGUUAUUGUUUUUUCCUCCAAUGGGAUUCACUCAGGGCUAGUGAUUAAUCAGACCAGAGUCACGAAGUUGUUCAACACCGAUAUGGCCCCUUUCUUCUUACGGAAUGAUGGCUUACCUUGUCACGCACACACACACAUACAGCUGCUCUCUGAAACGAGGCUUAGCUGCGUCGCUAAAGCCACAUUAACAAUGGGCUGCAAUCUCCCUCUGAAAGCAGCAGUAAUUAUUGUCUAAUCAUGGUGUUAAAAAGACAGUCACUAAUUCAGUUGGGAGCAAUAAAACACUCUUUCAGAAUGUGCAUUUUACUGGCCGUGAUUUCAUCUGGCUCAUCUCAUUUAAUCGCUUGUUGCACUGCUAUGGUGGUGAGACAGAAGAGGGUGAGGAAAAACCGUAUGUCAGUGACUUUGAAGCAGUAAUGACUAGGGGGCCUCAUUUACAGUGGGUAAAAAAGGUAUUUAGUCAGCCACCAAUUGUGCAUGUUCUCCCACUUAAAAAGAUGAGAGAGGCCUGUAAUUUUCAUCAUAGGUACACGUCAACUAUGACAGACAAAAUGAGAAAAAAAAUCCAGAAAAUCACAUUGUAGGAUUUUAAAUGAAUUUAUUUGCAAAUUAUGGUGGAAAAUAAGUAUUUGGUCAAUAACAAAAGUUUCUCAAUACUUUGUUAUAUACCCUUUGUUGGCAAUGACACAGGUCAAACGUUUUCUGUAAGUCUUCACAAGGUUUUAACACACUGUUGCUGGUAUUUUGGCCCAUUCCUCCAUGCAGAUCUCCUCUAGAGCAGUGAUGUUUUGGGGCUGUCGCUGGGCAACACGGACUUUCAACUCCCUCCAAAGAUUUUCUAUGGGGUUGAGAUCUGGAGACUGGCUAGGCCACUCCAGGACCUUGAAAUGUAUCUUACGAAGCCACUCCUUCGUUGCCCGGGCGGUGUGUUUGGGAUCAUUGUCAUGCUGAAAGACCCAGCCACGUUUCAUCUUCAAUGCCCUUGCUGAUGGAAGGAGGUUUUCACUCAAAAUCUCACGAUACAUGGCCCCAUUCAUUCUUUCCUUUACACGGAUCAGUCGUCCUGGUCCCUUUGCAGAAAAACAGCCCCAAAGCAUGAUGUUUCCACCCCCAUGCUUCACCGUAGGUAUGGUGUUCUUUGGAUGCAACUCAGCAUUCUUUGUCCUCCAAACACGACGAGUUGAGUUUUUACCAAAAAGUUCUAUUUUGGUUUCAUCUGACCAUAUGACAUUCUCCCAAUCCUCUUCUGGAUCAUCCAAAUGCACUCUAGCAAACUUCAGACGGGCCUGGACAUGUACUGGCUUAAGCAGGGGGACACGUCUGGCACUGCAGGAUUUGAGUCCCUGGCGGCGUAGUGUGUUACUGAUGGUAGGCUUUGUUACUUUGGUCCCAGCUCUCUGCAGGUCAUUCACUAGGUCCCGCCGUGUGGUUCUGGGAUUUUUGCUCACCGUUCUUGUGAUCAUUUUGACCCCACGGGUUGAGAUCUUGCGUGGAGCCCCAGAUCGAGGGAGAUUAUCAGUGGUCUUCUAUGUCUUCCAUUUCCUAAUAAUUGCUCCCACAGUUGAUUUCUUCAAACCAAGCUGAUUACCUAUUGCAGAUUCAGUCUUCCCAGCCUGGUGCAGGUCUACAAUUUUGUUUCUGGUGUCCUUUGACAGCUCUUUGGUCUUGGCCAUAGUGGAGUUUGGAGUGUGACUGUUUGAGGUUUUGGACAGGUGUCUUUUAUACUGAUAACAAGUUCAAACAGGUGCCAUUAAUACAGGUAACGAGUGGAGGACAGAGGAGCCUCUUAAAGAAGAAGUUACAGGUCUGUGAGAGCCAGAAAUCUUGCUUAUUUGUAGGUGACCAAAUACUUAUUUUCCACCAUAAUUUGCAAAUAAAUUCAUUAAAAAUCCUACAAUGUGAUAUUCUGGAUUUUUUUUCUCUCAAUUUGUCUGUCAUAGUUGACGUGUACCUAUGAUGAGAAUUACAGGCCUCUCUCAUCUUUUUAAGUUGGGAGAACUUGCACAAUUGGUGGCUGACUAAAUACUUUUUUUCCCCACUGUAUAACCGUUGUGUAAAUUUGAUUGAUCAGAUUUUGGAACCUAUCCUAUAGGAUUUUAUUCGAUAGGACUGGUUUUAAAAUCUGAUCGUUUUUUCAAAUUGGAUUAUUGUAUUAGAGUCCUAUAGGAUCCUAUAAGAUAAAAUUGUAUAGGAUAGAAUACCAUAAGAGUCCAAUAGGAAUGGUUCCAAAAUCUGAUAGGAUUGAACCACUCCCAUAUUGUUGUGGUGUGUUUAAGAGGUUGAGAACCACAGGGAAUUAUCACUGGUGUGAGUAGGCAAAGAGAUGGAGAUUGUGCUCUGGAGAGACACGGGAGAGAUACUGUUCCUCAGUUUACUGGGCUUAAAUCUUGAUUGCAGUUUAACAUACAGUACCAGUCAAAAGUUUGGACACACCUACUCAUUCCAGGGUCUUUCUUUAUUUUUACUAUUUUCUACAUUGUAGAAUAAUAGUGAAGAUAUCAAAACUAUGACAAAACACAUAUGGAAUCAUGUAGUAACCGAACAAUUGUUAAACAGAUUUGAGAUUCUUCAAAGUAGCCACCCUUUGCCUUGAUGACAGCUUUGCACACUCUUGGCAUUCUCUCAACCAGCUUCAUGAGGUAGUCACCUGGAAUGCAUUUCAAUUAACAGGUGUGCCUUGUUAAAAGUUAAUUUGUGGAAUUUCUUUCCUUCUCCAUGCGUUUGAGCCAAUCAGUUGUGUUGUGACAAGGUAGAGGUGGUAUACAGAAGAUAGCCCUAUUUGGUAAAAGACCAAGUCCAUAUUAUGGCAAGAACAGCUCAAAUAAGCAAAGAGAAAUGACAGUCCAUCAUUACUUUAAGACAUGAAGGUCAGAUUAACAGCACCUCAGAUUGCAGCCCAAAUAAAUGCUUCACAGAGUCAAGUAACAGACACAUCUCAACAUCAACUGUUCAGAGGAGACUGCUUGAAUCAAGCCUUCAUGGUCGAAGAAGAGACUUGCUUGGGCCAAAAAACAUGAGCAAUGGACAUUAGUCCGGUGGAAAUCUGUCCUUUGGUCUGAUGAGUCCAAAUUUUAGAUUUCUGGUUCCAACAGCCGUGUCUUUGUGACACGCAGAGUAGGUGAACGGAUGAUCUCCGCAUGUGUGGUUCCCACCGUGAAGCAUGGAGGAGGAGGUGUGAUGGUGUGGUGGUGCUUAUCUCCCGAGUGGCGCAGUGGUCUAAGGCACUGCAUCACAGUGCGAGAGAUCCUGGUUCGAAUCCAGGCUCUGUCGUAGCCGGCCGCGACCGGGAGACCCAUGGGGCGGCGCACAAUUGGCCCAGCGUCGUCUAGGGUAGGGGAGGGAAUGGCCGGCAGGGAUGUAGCUCAGUUGGUAGAGCAUGGCGUUUGCAACGCCAGGGUUGUGGGUUCGAUUCCCACAGGGGGUAUGAAAAAAAAAACUCACUAACUGUAAGUCGCUCUGGAUAAGAGCGUCUGCUAAAUGACUAAAAUGUAAUGUAAAUGUGCUUUUCUGGUGACACUGUCAGUGAUUUAUUUAGAAUUCAAGGCACACUCUUAACCAGCAUGGCUACCACAGCAUUCUGCAGCGAUACGCCAUCCCAUCUGGUUUGCGCUUAGUGGGACUAUCAUUUGUUUUUCAACAGGACAAUGACCCAAAACACACCUCCAGGCUGUGUAAUGGCUAUUUUACCAAGAAGGAGAGUGAUGGAGUGCUGCAACAGAUGACCUGGCCUCCACAAUCACCCGACCUCAACCCAAUUGAGAUGGUUUGGGAUGAGUUGGACCGCAGAGUGAAGGAAAAGCAGCCAACAAGUGCUCAGCAUAUGUGGAAACUCCUUCAAGACUGUUGGAAAAGCAUUCGUCAUGAAGCUGGUUGAGAGAAUGCCAAUAGUGUGCAAAGAUGUCAUCAAGGCAAAGGUUGGCUACUUUGAAGAAUCUCAAAUAUUUGAUUUGUUUAACACUUUUUUGGUUACUACAUGAUUCCAUAUGUGUUAUUUCAUAGUUUUGAUGUCUUCACUAUUAUUCUACAAUGUAGAAAAUAUUAAAAAUAAAGAAAAACCCUUGAAUGAGUAGGUGUGUCCAAACUUUUGACUGGUACUGUAAAUGUUCAGGUUUCUGUGCCGUAUUUAGCUGUAUAUAAUCUAAAAUCUACAUAUUAGAUUUUAGAUUAUUUGCGCUAAUUUGCUGUACUUGGACAGUAUGUGUUACUACAUUACACAACCUCACGUUCGACCACAUCAAAUUGAGGGUAAUUACACAUCCUUUUUAGCUCAGAUUAGACCGGCGGUCUUGGGACUUCAAAUUAUACUAUCAUUUUCAAACUCAAAUGGCAGGGAACAUUUGGGGCGCGCUCUCUGUAUAAAUGUCACUGGCCUCACACCAAUACAUGGAUUUGAGAGUCAAACUAUCACUCAAAUAACAGCUAACCCUUGUCACUGUUGAUAUCCUAUGGCGGGUCGUGAUUUGUUAAAACAAUUAAAGUUCCCUUCCCCGUUUCGGCAGCCUCACAAAACCUCCAUCCGACAUUCUAGAAUUUAGAUGACUCUCUUCAGCAAAUUCUCUUCUAACCAGUGAUAUACAAAUUAUUCUCAGAUUCACUGUGGCCUUUGAAUGGUGUUAGUUUAAACAGUACAUACACCCCAAAUGUUUGCCCACGCUCUAUUGAUUUCAAAUUGAUAUCGAUAUGAGUGAUUAAAUUAAGUGUUGUGUUUAUCUUUCCGCGUUGGCGACCCACUUGAAACAAAAUGCAACAAUCCUAAAUGUAGCUGGCUGUCUUCUACAAGUUGUCCUCUAACCAGUGAUAUACAUAUUAUUCCCAGAUUCCAUAUGUUUUUUUAGUAAGGUUAGUUUGAACAGGAUGUGUAACCCGACUCCCUCCUCUCAUUCUAUUGAUUUCAACAUGAUAUCAAUAUGAGUGAUUGACAAAUAAGUGUUGCAUUUCUCUUUCCGUUUUGGCGACCCCCAAAUCAAAAUGCAUCACUACAAAAUGUAGCUGGCUGUCCUCAGCAGGUUGACCUCUAACGAGUGAUGUAACAAUUAUUUCCGGUUUCCAUGUGGUUUUUGAGUUGUGUUAGUUUCAACAGUGCAUAUAACCUGAUUUCUCCCGUAAUCAAUAUGAGUGAUUAAUUGCCACUUGUCAAAACAACAGGGUUUUUGGUGCAUAUGCAGUUUAUAAUGUGCUCGUUUAAAAAAAUACAAGUAAUAUGAUUACUAUUGUGGCACAUGUAUGUGAAGGUAGUAGAUUUUAUGUUUAUGUUUUCAAUAUAUCACAAGCUGUUUAUUGAUUUGGACACUUCAAAACUGUGUUUUGUCAUUGAUGAUUGCAUCUUGUUAUUAACUUGUUAUUUCUUAUGAACAAAUGUGUCCAUCUCAUCCUCCAUUUGCACAAAAUACUAGGCAACUUGCCUGCUUGCAAUAGCAAUACUUCAACCACUAGAAACUGUGCGUACUCAUGGUCUAAAGUUUGCGGGAAGGUGAGCACAUUCUCACGUCAAGUUAACUAUCGCGUGAAGACUGACACAUGCAUGUUUUGGGGUAUAUUUUAUACGUACACACGGUUUAUAAAUGAGGCCCCUGACCACUCCAUUCGUGUGAAAGGGACUAGUAAUCUGGUGCUUGAGUGGCUGAGUCAUUAGCUGACUAUAGCAGCAGGGACAUCAUGUUCUGCCCUGUUACGCAGGCUAAUUGAAUGGCAAGAAGCAGCGGAAGUCUUAAGAGUCAUGCCGAAAAUAUACCACAUCAACCCACAAAGGCUUUCAAAGCUGAGUUCUACUGCAUGACCCCUAUUACCCAGGAAAUCCAUUUACUUAUACUGUAGUUUGAAUUUUACUCCAACUGAGAUUUCCAGCCUUCUUCAUUCUGCAUGUCAUGUUUGCAUGCAUGUAGGCAUGUUAUGUGUGAGUGUUGACACAUAACAGUAUGUUUGUGCAUGAUCUAAUGCAUGUGUGUGUUACUACUGUUAUUGUACUACUAUGGUGGUCUGACCCUGAUGGGGCUGGUUGGGUGUGGUGGUGUGGCAGGACUCGAUGGGCCGGCGUCCUUCCAGGAAGAGGGCCAGAUCCAGAUCAUGACGGUGGGUCAUUGGGCCAUGGAGGAGGGGAGUGAGGGAGACGCUGUGAUCAGCGCUCAGCCACAGGGCAAGCAGGACCUGAGGGUCACCAUGCUUAAGAAAGGUAUCAAUACAUGUAGGCCUAUCCCUGGCCUCUUUGGCUUCGUUUGGUCUGAAACACAGGUCAGAGAGUGUGUGGCACUCUCCAAUCAUGCACUACAGUGAUUGGUCGGGGAUUAUGAGAUUGUGAAGACCUCAGAUUUAUUAUACAGUAAGACCUGUCAAACACAGCUCUCCUUUCCCCUGAGAUCUUUGCCAACUAAACAGUAACAUCUAAGCCAACUAAACAGUAACAUCAAGCUUAUUACAUCAUGAAUAACACCUCACUAGAAACAUCAACAGUACUCCUCAGAUGUACACUGCUAAAAAAAAUAAAGGGAACACUUAAACAACACAAUGUAACUCCAAGUCAAUCACACUUCUGUGAAAUCAAACUGUCCACUUAGGAAGCAACACUGAUUGACAAUAAAUUUCACAUGCUGUUGUGCAAAUGGAAUAGACAACAGGUGGAAAUUAUAGGCAAUUAGCAAGACACCCCCAAUAAAGAAGUGGUUCUGCAGGUGGUGACCACAGACCACUUCUCAGUUCCUAUGCUUCCUGGCUGAUGUUUUGGUCACUUUUGAAUGCUGGCGGUGCUUUCACUCUAGUGCAGUCCUUCUCAAAUAGUGGGGCGCGCCCCCCUGGGGGGAGUAGUUUUUUUUUGCACCGAACAAAAGCACAGAGUAGGAGAUAUGAAGUGCAGAUAACAAACCCUUAAGAGACGCCAUGGAAACAUAUCUAACAGGGAUGAAAAGAAAGGCGGAGAGAGACGGAGAUAAUGAGACAAACGUAAGUCUCCCGAAAGCUAAGACGAGGAAAUAUGACGAAGCGUAUGUAGCGCUUGGCUUCACUGUGACUACGGUGGGAGAAGAGGAAAGACCGGUAUGUUUACUGUGUCUAAAAAUGUUGGCAGCGGACAGCAUGAAGCCAAAUAAAUUAAGGCGUCACUUAAAUACAUUACACCCCAAUCACGCUGUUAAGCCGCUUUAGUUUUUUCAGCGAAAACGUGCCGAAUAUUGCCAACAAUCGUCCCGCUUUGUGAAUGCUACUUCAGUAAACCAGCGAGCACUGUUAGCAUCAUAUAAGGUGGCGUGCCAAAUUGCUCAGUGCAAAAAAAAAACACUCCAUAGCAGAGGAGCUGAUACUGCCUGCAGCAUUAGACAUGGUCUCUGUCAUGCUGGAUGACAAAAAUAAAAACUAUCCCUCUGUCCAAUGACACUGUCGCCAGACGUAUAAAUGACAUUGCUAACGAUCUUAAAGAACAGCUGGUAGAUAAACUCAAAGACAAACGUGCCUUUUGCCAUUAAUCCUGACUUCCUCAUUUUGCUAAAAAAAAAAUCAGCACAAAUUGUUUUAUUCAUUUUUGUUUUAUAGGUCAGUGUUUCAUAUAUUGGGCUCCUGAGUUCAUGUUGCUGAUCAAUUUGAAUGUAUUAUUAUUUAUUGAUUAUAUUUUAUUUUAUUUUUCAGUAUCAAAUGGUCAAAAAAAAAUUACAGUUUAAAUAAGGCACAUUUCAGGUAAAUUAUGUACUUUAAGUAUUUUCUGUUACAGACUAAAAAACAAUGUUAAUAAAGUUAUUCUUUGUUGUAAGUUGAUCUAUAUUUCUUUAUUUUAUUUUUAUUUUCUUUAAUGUUAAUAAGGAUACAAUGUUAUGCAGAGGUGUACUUAGAACAAUUUCAUAGACAAAUGAUACUAUUUCCAGUUGCGGCGGAGAGUUGGGGGGCGCGAAAUGUUUACUUCUUCCUAGGGGGGGCGCAACAGAAAAUAAUUGAGAAGCACUGCUCUAGUGGUAGCAUGAGACAGGAGUCUACAACCCACACAAGUGGCUCAGGUAGUGCAGCUCAUCCAGGAUGGUACAUCAAUGCGAGCUGUGGCAAGAAGGUUUGCUGUGUCUGUCAGCGUAGUGUCCAGAGCAUGGAGGCGCUACCAGGAGACAGGCCAGUACAUCAGGAGACGUGGAGGAGGCCGUAGGAGGGCACAACCCAGCAGCAGGACCACUACCUCCGCCUUUGUGCAAGGAGGAGCAGGAGGAGCACUGCCAGAGCCCUGCAAAAUGACCUCCAGCAGGCCACAAAUGUGCAUGUGUCUGCUCAAACGGUCAGAAACAAACUCCAUGAGGGUGGUAUGAGGGCCCGACGUCCACAGGUGGGGAUUGUGCUUACAGCCCAACACCGUGCAGGACGUUUGGCAUUUGCCAGAGAACACCAAGAUUGGCAAAUUCGCCACUGGCGCCUUGUGCUCUUCACAGAUGAAAGCAGGUUCACACUGAGCACAUGUGACAGACGUGACAGAGUCUCGAGACGCCGUGGAGAACGUUCUGCUGCCUGCAACAUCCUCCAGCAUGACUGGUUUGGCAGUGGGUCAGUCAUGGUGUGGGGUGGCAUUUCUUUGGGGGGCCACACAGCCCUCCAUGUGCUCGCCAGAGGUAGCCUGACUGCCAUUAGGUACAGAGAUGAGAUCCUCAGACCCCUUGUGAGACCAUAUGCUGGUGCGGUUGGCCCUGGUUUCCUCCUAAUGCAAGACAAUGCUCGACCUCAUGUGGCUGGAGUGUGUCAGCAGUUCCUGCAAGAGGAAAGCAUUGAUGCUAUGGACUGGCCCGCCCGUUCCCCAGACCUGAAUCCAAUUGAGCACGUCUGGGACAUCAUGUCUCGCUCCAUCCACCAACGCCACGUUGCACCACAGACUGUACAGGAGUUGGCGGAUGCUUUAGUCCAGGUCUGGGAGGAGAUCCCUCAGGAGACCAUCCGCCACCUCAUCAGGAGCAUGCCCAGGCGUUGUAGGGAGGUCAUACAGGCACGUGGAGGCCACACACACUACUGAGCCUCAUUUUGACUUGUUUUAAGGACAUUACAUCAAAGUUGGAUCAGCCUGUAGUGUGGUUUUCCACUUAAUUUUGAGGGUGACUCCAAAUCCAGACCUCCAUGGGUUGAUACAUUUGAUUUCCAUUGAUAAUUUUUGUGUGAUUUUGUUGUCAGCACAUUCAACUAUGUAAAGAAAAAAGUAUUUAAUAAGAUUAUUUCAUUCAUUCAGAUCUAGGAUGUGUUGUUUAAGUGUUCCCUUAAUUUUUUGAGCAGUGUAUUUAUUCAUUUCUUUGAGAGUGGAUCUCUCUCUCUAACUUGUUUUGUCCCUCUUGGUAAAUAGGUUUACAGUUUCCACCACCUUUUGAUAGCUGAAAACAUACUGUACAGUGACAGUUGAAUAGAUUUUUCUUAAAAAUUGUCUUGGGCAACCAACCAAUUCAGGUAGCAGCAGGUAAACUAUGACAUGUGGCUUAUUUUGUGAUACUUUUAGUGAGCACGCUACAGGUGUUUAUUGGCAGCUUUUCAUGGCUCUUUCCCUGUUGGUGUGAGAGCCUCAUACGGUUCAGACUCUACCCAGAACACUACCCUGCCUUUAGACCUACCUCUCCAUGAACUGAUGUUUCAGAACAGAGUCUUAUGUGUCUAUGUUCUUGUGUGUUGUUUCUUUGUGUAUGGUGCUUUGUGAAUGGUACAGCAUGCAUUUACAGUUCUGUUAUUAUUCAAACAGCAUUACUAGGAGCAUGACAAUGCCAUUACGUUGUGUAUUUUCUGUUUAUGAAGGUAUUUCUAGUAGUAUGAACUUUGACGAAGAGGAGGAUGACGAGGAUGAAGUCAGUUCCAGUUCCUCCCAGCUCAACAGUAACACACGGCCAGGCUCUGCCACCAGCAAGAAGUCCUGCAAGGUACUACAUCUGAUGCUCUGUGUUCACCUAUUGAUUCCUGACUCCCGGAUGGAGCCUUUACUUUACACACAGCGUGCACUAAUGCACCAUCUAUUUGCUUUGUUCUUCUGUUCAGCGGUGCUCAAAGUCAGCCAUUAGUCCAUUUGGGGAAUGGGGAUGGAGCAGUUUUGUGUUUUGGGCUACAUUAUGAUCAACCUAUUCCUCUUUUGUAUCUUUAUUAUUGUCAUUUGCUCUGUAGUUUGUUGAUACAUGGAAGCAGCCCAGACAUUUUCUGAUGUGAAUCGUUUUACCUAAUGGAAAUGGAAAGUUUUUUCCCUGGAUCUCAGAACCUAAGCAGUCUCAUGAAUCCCUCUGAGAGGGGAAAGGGGAACUUUUGUAUAUUCUUUCCUUUCCUGCCGUCUGACUCAGAGGUAGAGCUAGUCAGAGGAGGCGGUGGGCUGUGUAGUCUCCUGUGGUUCGAGGAGGUUGAGGGGAAGUGACUCUUUAGUGUACUGUGGGCUUUAGAGAGGCACCAGGAGUGACAUCAGAAGCUGCCCUGAGCACCUGACCAUGUCACCAAGCUGCUGAGACACAGUCUGUCUGUUACCGUAAGUUUGGUUGUUAAUCAUGUCUCCUCGCUGCCUGGUCCUUCCAUGUGGAUCUAACCCCCUGUUGAAUCACAGAAGGCGUCUACACAGCCUCAUGGUUUUAAACACAACGUGCUAAUGUAGUUUCAGUCCCCAAUGGAUGUUUUAUAAUAACCGUUACCCUUUUAUAAUGGAAGGGAAUCAGAAAAGCCGAAGGUCCGGUAAUCUGAUGUUUUCAACGUGGCGUGGGCUGAUGGGCUGUGUCUCUCUGUCCCUCAGGAGGCAGCCUCAGCGUCCACCCCUCCCGUCAGUGAGCCGGCCAUUGACGUGGACGACCUGGAGGAGUUCACCCUGAGACCAGCCCCUCAGGGGAUCACGGUGAAGUGCAGGAUCACCAGAGACAAGAAGGGCAUGGACCGAGGCAUGUACCCUACCUACUACCUCCACCUGGAGAGGGAGGAUGGGAAGAAGGUGAGUGUGGAGCAGAAGGAUAAAUACUUAUCACACUGACCGAAUGCAAAGUGUGACCCUUUAGGGCAGGGCUGUUAAAUGUCGGUCCUGGAUGGCCAAAGAACGACUGAUUUUCAUCCUCUCCCUUUACUAAGGGAAUGAUUUAGACCUAGGACACCUGGUGAAUGCAAUUAACUACCAGGUCGACACAAAAACAAGAAGUGUUUUUGCCCUCCAGGACCAGAAUUGAACAGCACUGCUUUAGGGCCACCAUCCAUCCUGACACCACUUGGCCCUCUGCCUAUGAACAAAAACUGGUGUCAAAUACCAUCGUGACACUUUGAAUUAGCACGACCAAUCAACCGUGACAGUCUGUGAAAGGAGGACAUGCUUUGAUUGUUUAGUGGAGCUGGUUAGAUGAGGCUAAUUUAGGUGUUGCAGCCUCAUGUCCCAGGGCUUAUUGAUGAUGGUGUUGUUUCUGAUGUUGUUGCUUUGCUAAUUUGAUUUGUUCUUGCCAAAGGUGUUCCUGUUAGCUGGAAGGAAGAGAAAGAAGAGCAAAACAUCUAAUUACCUCAUCUCCAUGGAUCCCACUGAUCUGUCUCGUGGAGGGGAGAGUUUCAUCGGGAAGCUGAGGUCAGUGAAUCUGCUGCUGUUUCUUCUGACCACAGGGCUGCAGCUGCCAUUUUCACAAUAAAGAGCCCAUCAUUAUGGGAAAUCCAGAUUACCUUCCAAGAAACUGUGGAAGAUGGUUGUUUCUCUUUCAGACUAGGUCUGUGGGCAGAGGUAUUACAGCAAUGUAGAGUAGAGCAAACUACUGAUUGCAGGCUCAUACUUAUUUGUCAACUCCAUGGCAUUCUCUACCCAUAAAAAUAUAUUAUGCAAGAAUGACAUUUGCCUUUUUGGAGUAUGAAUGUGCUGUUUGAUAUAUGCUGUAAUGAAUUGGGGGCUAUUCAGGCCCACACCUGGCUGCUCUCUUGGAGAAGACAAAGUCAUUGGAUUUAUUACUUCCGUUUGAGCGCUCAUUGUUGGGAUGAGGAAGCAACACCUGCGUGUUGGCAGCCAGGGGGCCAGCGUUGAUUAAAACAGGGACAGAGAGACCCUGUGGGCACACUGGAGAGGGAGGGGCACUGCUGCAGCCUGCACACCCUGACAGACGCUUCCUAUAAGGAUGUGUGGGUGGGUCUGCACUGACUACAGUAUGUCUACAUUGUUUUGAUUCAUCAGCUUUGUGUGUGUGUGUGUGUGUGUGUGUGUGUGUGUGUGUGUGUGUGUGUGUGUGUGUGUGUGUGUGUGUGUGCAUGCUGUGUGCACAUACAAUUGAAGUUGGAAGUUUACAUACACCAAAUACAUUUAAACUCAGUUUUUCACAAUUCCUGACAUUUAAUCCUAGGAAAAAUCCCCUGUUUUAGGUCAGUUAGGAUCACCACUUUAUUUUAAGAAUGUGAAAUGUCAGAAUAAUAGUAGAGAGAAUGAUUUAUUUCAGCUUUUAUUUCUUUCAUCACAUUCCCAGUGGGUCAGAAGUUUACAUACACUCAAUUAGUAUUUGGUAGCAUUGCCUUUAAAUUGUUUUACUUGGGUCAAACGUUUCGGGUAGCCUUCCACAAGCUUCCCACAAUAAGUUGGGAGAAUUUUGGCCCAUUCCUCCUAACAGAGCUGGUGUAACUGAGUCAGGUUUGUAGGCCUCCUUGCUCGCACACGCUUUUUCAGUUCUGCCCACACAUUUUCUAUAGGGUUGAGGUCAGGGCUUUGUGAUGUCCAUUUCAAUACCUUAACUUUGUUGUUCUUAAGCCAUUUUGCCACAACUUUGGAAGUAUGCUUGGGGUCAUUGUCCAUUUGGAAGACCCAUUUGCAACCAAGCUUUAACUUCCUGACUGUCUUGAGAUGUUGCUUCAAUAUAUCCACAUAAUUUUCCUUCCUCAUGAUGCCAUCUAUUUUGUGAAGUGCACCAGUCCCUCCUGCAGCAAAGCAGCCCCACAGCAUGAUGCUGCCAUCCCCGUGCUUCACGGCUGGGAUGGUGUUCUUCAGCUUGCAAGCCCCCUUUUUCCUCCAAACAUAACGAUGGUCAUUAUGGCCAAACAGUUCUAUUUUUGUUUCAUCAGACCAGAGGACAUUUCUCCAAAAAGUAUGAUCUUUGUCCCCAUGUGCAGUUGCAAACCGUAGUCUGGCUUUCUAUGGCGCUUUUGGAGCAGUGGCUUCUUCCUUGCUGAGCGGCCUUUCAGGUUAUGUUGAUAUAGGACUUGUUUUACUGUGGAUAUAGAUAUAGUGGGGGAAAAAAGUAUUUAGUCAGCCACCAAUUGUGCAUGUUCUCCCACUUAAAAAGAUGAGAGAGGCCUGUAAUUUUCAUCAUAGGUACACGUCACUAUGACAGACACAUUGAGAGAAAAAAAAUCCAGAAUAUCACAUUGUAGGAUUUUUUAUGAAUUUAUUUGCAAAUUAUGGUGGAAAAUAAGUAUUUGGUCACCUACAAACAACCAAGAUUUCUGGCUCUCACAGACCUGUACCUUCUUCUUUAAGAAGCUCCUCUGUCCUCCACUCGUUACCUGUAUUAAUGGCACCUGUUUGAACUUGUUAUCAGUAUAAAAGACACCUGUCCACAACCUCAAAACCAGCACACUCCAAACUCCACUAUGGCCAAGACCAAAGAGCUGUCAAAGGACACCAGAAACUAAAUUGUAGACCUGCACCAGGCUGGGAAGACUGAAUCUGCAAUAGGUAAGCAGCUUGGUUUGAAGAAAUCAACUGUGGGAGCAAUUAUUAGGAAAUGGAAGACAUACAAGACCACUGAUAAUCUCCCUCGAUCUGGGGCUCCACGCAAGAUCUCACCCCGUGGGGUCAAAAUGAUCACACGGGGGGACCUAGUGAAUGACCUGCAGAGAGCUGGGACCAAAGUAACAAAGCCUACCAUCAGUAACACACUACGCCGCCAGGGACUCAAAUCCUGCAGUGCCAGACGUGUCCCCCUGCUUAAGCCAGUACAUGUCCAGGCCCGUCUGAAGUUUGCUAGAGUGCAUUUGGAUGACCCAGAAGAGGAUUGGGAGAAUGUCAUAUGGUCAGAUGACACCAAAAUAUAACUUUUUGGUAAAAACUCAACUCGUCGUGUUUGGAGGACAAAGAAUGCUGAGUUGCAUCCAAAGAACACCAUACCUACUGUGAAGCAUGGGGGUGGAAACAUCAUGCUUUGGGUCUGUUUUUCUGCAAAGGGACCAGGACGACUGAUCCGUGUAAAGGAAAGAAUGAAUGGGGCCAUGUAUCGUGAGAUUUUGAGUGAAAACCUCCUUCCAUCAGCAAGGGCAUUGAAGAUGAAACGUGGCUGGGUCUUUCAGCAUGACAAUGAUCCCAAACACCGCCCGGGCAACGAAGGAGUGGCUUCGUAAGAAGCAUUUCAAGGUCCUGGAGUGGCCUAGCCAGUCUCCAGAUCUCAACCCCAUAGAAAAUCUUUGGAGGGAGUUGAAAGUCCGUGUUGCCCAGCGACAGCCCCAAAACAUCACUGCUCUAGAGGAGAUCUGCAUGGAGGAAUGGGCCAAAAUACCAGCAACAGUGUGUGAAAACCUUGUGAAGACUUACAGAAAACAUUUGACCUGUGUCAUUGCCAACAAAGGGUAUAUAACAAAGUAUUGAGAACCUUUGUUAUUGACCAAAUACUUAUUUUCCACCAUAAUUUGCAAAUAAAUUCAUUAAAAAUCCUACAAUGUGAUUUUCUGGGAAAAAUAAUCUCAUUUUGUCUGUCAUAGUUGACGUGUACCUAUGAUGAAAAUUACAGGCCUCUCUCAUCUUUUUAAGUGGGAGAACUUGCACAAUUGGUGGCUGACUAAAUACUUUUUUUCCCCACUGUACUUUUGUACCUGUUUCCUCCAGCAUCUUCACAAAGUCCUUUGCUGUUGCUCUGGGAUUGAUUUGUACUUUUCGCACCAAAGUACGUUCAUCUCUAGGAGACAGAACACGUCUCCUUCCUAAGCGGUAUGACGGCUGCGUGGUCCCAUGGUGUUUAUACUUGUGUACUAUUGUUUGUACAGAUGAACGUGGUACCUUCAGGCAUUUGGAAAUUGCUCCCAAGAAUGAACCAGACUUGUGGAGGUCAAAAAAUUUUUUUCUGAGGUCUUGGCUUCUUUCUUUUGAUUUUCCCAUGAUGUCAAGCAAAGAGGCACUGAGUUUGAAGGUAGGCCUUGAAAUUCAUCCACAGGUACACCUCCAAUUGACUCAAAUGAUGUCAAUUAGCCUAUCAGAAGCUUCUAAAGCCAUGACAUCAUUUUCUGGAAUUUUCCAAACUGUUUAUAGGCACAGUCAACUUAGUGUUUGUAAACUUCUGACCCACUGGAAUUGUGAUACAGUGAAUUAUAAGUGAAAUCAUCUGUCUGUAAACAAUUGUUGGAAAAAUGACUUAUGUCAUGCACAAAAUAGAUGUCCUAACCGACUUGCCAAAACUAUAGUUUGUUAACAAGAAAUUUGUGGAGUGGUUGAAAAACAAGUUUUAAUGACUCCAACCUAAGUGUAUGUAAACUUCUGACUUCAACUGUACAUACAGUGCCUUCAUAAAGUAUUUCCACAUUUUGUUGUGUACAGCCUGAAUUUUAAAUUGAUUAAAUGAUUGUGUGUCACUAGCUUACACACAAUACCCCAUAAUGUCACAGUGGAAUUAUGUUUUUACAAUAUUUUACAAAUUAAUAAAAACAAUUUAAGCCGAAAUGUAUUGAGUCAAUAAGUAUUCACCCCCUUUGUUAUGGCAAGCCUAAAUAAGUUCAGGAGUAAAAAUGUGCUUAACAAGUCACAAGUUUCAUGGACUCACUCUGUGUGCAACAAUAGUGUUUAACAUGAUUUUCGAAUGACUGCCUCAUCUCUGUACCCUACACAUACAAUCAUCUGUAAGGUUCCCGCAGUCGAGCAGAGAAUUUCAAACACAGAUUCAACCACAAAGACCAAGGAGUUUUUCCAAUGCCUUGCAAAGAAGGGCACCUACUUUUAGAUGGGUAAAAUAAUUAAGCAGACAUUGAAAAUCCUUUGAGCAUGGUGAAGUUAUUAAUUACACUUUUGGAUGAUGUAUCAAUACACCCAGUCACUACAAAGAUACAGGCAUCCUUCCUAACUCAAUUGCCGGAGAAGAAGGAAACCGCUCAGGGAUUUCACCAUGAGGCCAAUGGUGACUUUAAAACAGUUACUGAGUUUAAUGGCUGUGAUAGGAGAAAACUGAGGAUGGAUCAACAACAUUGUAGUUACUCCACAAUACUAACCUAAAUUACAGAGUGAAAAGAAGAAAGCAUAAAAAUAUUCCAAAACAUGCGUCCUGUUUGCAGUAAGGAACUAAAGUAAAAUGGCAAAAACAAUGAACUUGUUUGUCCUGAAUACAAAGCGUUAUGUUUGGGGCAAAUCCAACACAGCACAUCACUGAGUACCACUCUUCAUAUUUUCAAGCAUGGUGGUGGCUGCAUCAUGUUAUGGGUAUGCUUGUCAUCGGCAAGGGAGAUUUUGGGGAUAAAAAGAAACAGAAUAGAGCUAAGCACAGUCAAAAUCCUUUCAGUCUGCUUUCCAACAGAUACUGGGAAACAAAUUCACCUUUCAGCAGGACAAUAACCUAAAACACAUGGCUAAAUAUACACUGGAGUUGCUUACCAAGACGACAUUGAAUGUUCCUGAGUGGCGUAGUUACAGUUGUUACUUAAAUCGGCUUGAAAAUCUAUGGCAAGAUUUGAAAAUGGCUGUCUAGCAAUGAUCAACAACCAACUUGAGCUUGAAGAAUUUUAAAAAGAAUAAUGUGCAAAUAUUGUACAAUCCAGGUGUGCAAAGCUCUUAGAGACGUACCCAGAAAGACUCACAGCUGUAAUCGCUGCCAAAGGUGAUUCUAACACUUUUUUUUUUUUUUUUUGUCAUUAUGGGGUAUUGUGUGUAGAUGGGUGAGAAAGAAACAAACACAACAAAAUAUUGAAUAAGUCAAGGGGUAUGAAUACUUUCUGUGACCAGAUUUCUCUGUGGGGGCUUAUGUCAAAUUUAAGAGAUUUUUUUGCUAAUGAGCUCUUUUUCGUUUACGCACAUUCGGGAUAGUUCACACGCUCUUAAGCCUUAGCCCCAUCCAUCUCUUUAAGAAUUCACAUGUAAACACAUGUCCAGCAACCGUCAGCGUGGUCAACGCUCCAUUAUCUCAACAAAUCGUGGCAAGCAAGGAAGGAUCCUGUCUCUCAUAAUUAAACAUUUUUAUUCAUAUUAUACGGAUCCCGUACAAGUUUGUGAUUAAGGCACAUGAGAGUUCACAUGUUUGAGAAGGCAUUUGUGCAAAACAACAAAACAAAUAUGUUAAAAUGGCCCUACUGUGAAGUAGGAACUAGCGUCAAACGCCCCCAAUCCUGUAACCAGUCACAUAUUGUCUGGGCCUGCUCUUUGUCUGUGCUAGUAUAGUAUGUGCCAUGGCUCCAGGCUUUGAUUUCCAGGAAGGCAGUGACAUCAGGGCUCCUUAGAGAUAGCAUCAACUCUGCCACAGCAGUGGCUCCACAGAGAGAGCCCCCCCAGGUAGUCUAAUCAAACAUGGCCUGGCCACGCUCUUCAUUCAUCUGGUGUACUGGCUGCUUCUGAUGGUCGAUAGGCUACGCUCCCCUCCGCGCCUCUCGUCCCUCUCGCUCCUCACGCCUCUAUCAUCACAGUAACACUUGACUGAUGGAGAGCUGGAUUGAGAUGAGCAGCUGACCUUUCACCUGCCACUUGUGAGAGUCAUGGACAGGCCGCACAAAUGAGCUCCUGACUUUUCAUUUGACCUUUAAGAGCCAUCCAAUCCAUCAUUAGGGGCUCCAGUUUGUGAUUAAGGUAGAGGGAUUAACAGAGAUAUGAGCCAUUAUUCAACCUUGCUGUGCAGACAUCUCAUCUAACCUGUACCAUCUGUUUAUUGCCAUAUGAUCAUUUAUUUUGACAUCUAAUAACGAAAUAAUGCUGUUUUAAUUUAUAAGUUCACUUUACUAUGGCAAUAGUAUAAAUACCAUGAUUGCAUGUACUGUAAGAUAUGACAAACACCACCGUAAUUGUAUAUUUGAAAUAAUGAGAUGGUGACAUUUGAACGACUGGUAAACGGUUGAGUCAUUAAAGACGAUGAUGAUGAUGAUGAUGAUGAUGAUGAUGAUGAUGAUGAUGAUGAUGAUGAUGUUAACCAUUUACAGUGAUUGCUCAUCAUGGUCUGGAUACAAAUGUAUUGUUUCCUUAAGGUUGAUUAGUAGAGGCCUUUUUCCUGCUCAUUGAGUCUGAUUGCAGGAUGGGCUCCAGGAGGUGGCUGAUUAGGGAUAAUGGCCACUGCCUUCAUCUGUCUCGAUGACUCCUUGUCCCUUUAGUAUGGCAUGGCAUACUCACCCAGUCCCUCUGUAACCCUCAGUGUGUUUUCUCUUCUCUGCAGGUCCAACCUCAUGGGGACCAAGUUUACAGUGUACGACAGUGGACAGAACCCUGGGAAGACAACUUCCAGCCUAGAGGCUACUAACCUGCGGCAGGAGCUGGCAGCCAUCUGCUAUGUGAGUCUUCCUGUUGUCUAUUACCCAGAUACAAACAGGCAAACAGAGAGCUACUCUCAGGCCCAUAGCUAAUUAGCGUUGACUUAGUCUGGGGGAGACAUGGAUGUGUCAGACACAAAUAAGAGAGGAGAGGCAAGCAAGAUCAAAUCCAUACAUUGAGUCCAGAGACAGCACACAGAGCGCUACUCUCAGGCAUUAGGACCAGCCCCGUAGCCCCUUAAUAACAGUGCCUUCCUCUGGGGAGACAUCGGUGUGUCAGACACAAAUAAUAGCAAAUAAGAGAGAAGAGGCAAACCUGGAUGAAUCCAUACAAUGUCAUGGGGGUUAGUAGGCAAAGGCACAGAGCAUUAGUGUUGGAACAUGGCGACACCUAGUGCUCACAAUUUAAAUGGCAACGGUUUCCACUCAUACUGUGGUUGACAUAGACCUGACCAAAAUACAAGUCCACUAUACUUCUUUUUCAGGAAACCAACGUUUUAGGGUUCAAAGGACCUCGUAAAAUGAGUGUCAUCAUUCCUGGAAUGAACAUGGACCAUGAGAGAGUCGCCAUCUGCCCACAGAAUGUAAGUUAACAAAAAUAUUCCUCAAGAUAGGUAGAGUAUGUUAGGGUCUGGUGGUGUGGUUUCAGUUGGUUGCCUUGAAUAAUGGUUCACCGGUCUCUGACUCCUCCUCUCCACUCAGGACCAUGAGUCUUUGCUGGCGCGGUGGCAGAACAAGAGCACAGAGAGCGUGAUCGAGCUUCACAACAAGACCCCCGUGUGGAACGACGACACGCAGUCGUACGUUCUGAACUUCCACGGCAGAGUCACUCAGGCCUCAGUCAAGAAUUUCCAGAUCAUCCACGACAAUGACCGUGAGCUUUACAGAUUCUUACUACCUGCAUGUCAAAUACUUUGUGAAUCCUAUUCCCUACUCUGAUGAAAAAUUGGUGCACUAUAUAAGUCAGGGAUGGGCAACUGGCGGCGCGGCCCCCCUUUUGAAGGCCCUCUGAUCAGUCGGGGUCUCAACUUACUGUUGCAAGCUGUAAUUUUGAAAUUUGGUUGUGCAUCAGCAGUUUUUCUCUUAUGUCAGUCACUGGUAGUCAGUCAAUUAGGCCAUGUCAAUAUUUUAUUUAUUUAUUGCUAAGUUAGUUUUGCGGCCAGCUAUUGAAUUACCGGCUUGGGGCCCCCAUUGAUUGUGUUAGUCAGUAUCACUCAGAUAUCAUAUUCAAAACUGUUAACAUUUCUCUCCACCCUAUGGCAAAAUGUGUAGAAUUGCAGGAAAUUAGCUAUAAAAUGUAAAGAUCAUCAAUUUUGUGGCCCCCACCCCCAUCAAAGUUGCCCAUCCCUGAUAUAGGGAAUAGGGUGCCAUUUGGGAUGCAGACAAAGGACAGAGCACAGUGCAAGGAUGGCAGCAGUCCUGUGUGUAUUAACACACAUACUAAUCUCUCAUGUUAUCCUAUAUUGAUGUCAUUCGCUCUGAAUCUGGCAUACUGGAGGGUUUUUAUUCUCCAUAUUUUUACUUAUUCAAAAAUAUAUUUUCACUCACUUCUUUUAAAGUUAGAUUUUUAAGGUCUGCACCUGCUUUAACAUCUGCUAAUCUGUGUAUGCGACAAAUACACUUUGAUUUGAGUAAAGAUAGUUUAUAUUGUUUUAUGUAACUAAAAACCCACAUUUAUCAAGUUAUCACUUCUUCGUUUUCUGUUUCUUUCUCACCCCUUUAGCGGACUACAUUGUGAUGCAGUUUGGGCGGGUUGCGGAGGAUGUAUUCACCAUGGACUAUAACUACCCUAUGUGUGCCCUCCAAGCCUUCGCCAUUGCUCUCUCCAGCUUUGACAGCAAGCUGGCCUGUGAGUAG